GUUGGAACAUUUUUUCAGAAUACACAAUGUCGUCGUUUAAAAAUGCUAUGAAGAGUCAGAAAACUCAUAGAGAACGUCAUCAACCAGAAAGUCGAAGUAAUCUGGGGCUACUGGAGAAAAAGAAGGAUUAUAAACUCCGUGCUCAGGACUUUAAUCAGAAGAAGAAAACCCUUCAACAGUUGCGAAAGAAAGCUUUGGAUAAAAACCCGGAUGAGUUCUAUUAUCACAUGAUAAAUUCCAAGACGGUGGACGGAGUUCAUCAUGAGAAGGGGAAGGAAUCACAGUUGUCCGUUGAGCAGAUUGCGCUCAUGCAAACUCAGGAUUUAAAUUAUAUCCUGAGCAAGAGAACUUCGGAGAAACGGAAACUUGAUAAAUUACAGUCUCAUCUUCAUCUGAUCAGUGCUGGAGAUAAACCUUGUAAUACACACACUAUAUUUGUGGACUCGGAGCAGGAGAAAGCAAACCUGAAUAUUGCCCAAUACCUGGAAACGCACCCUGCUCUUCUUGGCAGAACACACAACAGACCUAGACUGUCAGACCUCAAGAAUGGGAAAUUUAAGCCUACAGAUCCUGAGAAGAUGAAGUUGAUCCGACGUGAGACGGCUAAAGCGUACAAGGAGUUGGAGCAGAGAAUGGAUAGAGAGGAGAAACUAUCUGUUCUUCAACGCAAGAUGGAGCUGAGAGCUCUUCUCCGCGGAGGGAAAAAUAAACCAUUAAAGGUUUUGAAGGAGGAAACCAAAACCUCUGCACCUGUUUAUGUCUGGGCAAAAGAGCGAAAAAGAUGAGAUAUUUGUGAAUAGUUAAGAUUUAUCCAAUUUUAUAAAAAAAAAUAUACAUUAAUUUGUUGCAGGAA